AUGUCCGUCGGUUUCGGCUUCUCCGUUGGUGAUUUCCUCGCCGCCCUACACCUCGUGGGCACUGUCAUUGAUGCCUUGCGCGAGGCCUCCGACUCGGGUGCCGCCUAUCGCGAGCUGCUUACCGAGCUGUUUGCCCUCGAGACCGCCCUGUUACACGUCAAGCGCCUCGACCUCGACGAUGGACAACGCACCGAGAAAAUAGCGCUGCGACAGGCUGCAGCCCAUUGCCAGCGUACCAUCGACAAGUUCUGGGACAAGAUACAGAAAUACCAACCGCACCUGCAAGAGGGCGGCACGGGAUCCCGCAUCAAGGACUCAUGGAUCAAGAUCAAGUGGGCGGUGUGCAAGAAGGACGACGUGGAACAGUUCAAGGCGGAUUUGAGGGGCCACACCGGAUCGAUCCAGGUUCUCUUGUUGGCCGUACAGAUGGAGGCUACCACCAUGCAGUCGAGGAGGCAGAACGAGAGACAAAAUACACUGGCUGGCAGGAUACAAGAGUCCUCGGUGCAGUGGCUCAGCAAGCUGUCUGUCAUAACGGAUGGUGUCAACCACAGCGUGCAACAAGGAAAGGCGCUCCUCGACGCCACAGCAAAGAUUAUUCAGACGAACCUGCGGGUGUUCCAAAUGAUCUUCGAUAUCCACCAGUACAUUCUGCAAGUCCCAUCGCAGAUCAACCGCCAACAGCCCGUCUACAUGAUUGAUGCGUUUGGGAAGGAAUCGCCCUUCCACCUGGAAUUCGUGCGGUCGGCAGAAGCAUUUAUGGCGAUUUUGAAGGUGAAUUUCAAGUCAAAUGGGUCCCAAAAGAUUGAGCGUGGCGAAUUCGUGAUAGAGGAUGACGGCACGAAGCGAGAUGUCGACCUUACCAGCGACUGGGGCACUUGUUUUUUUCCCGGCCAACGCGUUUCGAUGAGCAUGGUAUUUAAAAGUCUCAAGAACGCGACAACGUCAACCUGUCCUAGUUGUGGAACCGAAUCUGGAUCGGCACCUGACCGAGAAGUGGUGUGGUAUGUACAAGCUCAUCAACUUGGAAUCAUUGAGCCCGUAGACUUACCUGGUUCUAGCGAGAAAUGCGGUGUCACUUUCCGUCGGGUGAGAGAAGAAUCUGACGAGAUGCCGCCGCCGCUACACCAAACUACGUUGUCGGAAAAGGUUCAAUCCCCUGACCGUUUACCCGGAGUCGGACCACAACCUCCCAAGAGGAAGAGCGAGGCCGAGGGCGUUGACGAUGUUCGAGGAUUCCGACGAGUACGAUUAUUGGACUCGGGAACCCGCUGCAAGAUUUACUUCUGGAUGGGUAACGAAUGGCGGGGCCGUGGAACGGGCUACGGGGAAGUUCGUCUCGUUGGGCUAACUGCGACCAAUCUAGACACCAUUCUCGCUUGGAUGAGCGUAUACUCUGGUACCCUCCAGGCACUCAGAUUCCAAACCGUGGAGGGGUGUAGGGCAGUCUGGAACCAACUCCCGAGUCAAGGGCGAGUGACGGCUAGAAAUUCCUGGCGGGCCAAUACGAAGCGCCGCCCUAAGCUCGGUAUCGAUCCGCAAGCCGACCGCCAGCUCGGCCACGAGUCUCAGGAGGAUCCUGAUGAAGAUGCACGUCGGAACUCCGAGACCAUUAUGCGCAGAAAUAUAAGCCUCGUGGUGGAGUUUCCAAGCUAG